ACUUUCCGCCUACGUCAUUGGUCGCUGUGCGUUAUUAGCUAGCCGAGCUUGUGCGUUCAUGUAUCGGCGGUGAACCGCCUUUGCUGUGCAAUGCGGCGCACAGCGAAAUACACGAUACAAACGAGAACGAGUCCUGAAGACGCCGACAGAUCUUAAUACUAAACCGUCGUCGUCCGGAGCGGCUUUGGGACCCAGAAGCGGAAUGUCAACAACGCGGCCUCUCCACGGGAUGAGACGAGUCACCGAGCUAACGUGGCCGGAGCAGCCGAGCAGCAGGCAGCCUGCGCCUGCAAGGAGGCUACAACCAGACGGCCCCACCGUGGACGAGUUUACCGUGCUGGAAGAAAAACAAGAAGAGCUGAAAUGCGCCAAACCCCGAGUCGAACAGGUUUUCAAAGUGACUUUCACCAUUAUAGGUCUUUUGGACCACACGGGACAGGCGUUCGGCAGCAAAACAUCACGGCAGAUAUGGCUACAACUGAAAGGAGGCAGAGACGAUGUGUCGAAGGCAAAGGAAUAUGUGAGAGGGCUGUGUGACCCAGAAUUGCAAAAGGAAGAACGCUACCCAGUGGAUAUGCAUUGCAUCUUUGCUGGGGCCCGAGGCCUCUUCCUGGACAGGCUCAUACGAGACACAAGUGCUGAAGUUCUGGUUCCCGAACCAGGAUGCCUGCGUCUGUUGGGCCGGGCUGAGCCUGUCGUGAUGGCCCAGAGCAGAGUUCAGCAGUUUGUAGCACUCUUUCAGGAGAAGCGAAGUCUCCCCAGUGACAGGGAGCCAGCAGUGAAACGCUCAUUCAAGUCCUUUGUGGAGGAAAGGCAUGAUAAAUACACUAUGGAGCUUCUUCUAUUGCCCAGUGCACUGAAGGAAGAGUUACUUGGACUGGCACAAAGUCCAAUGAGCACAAACACUUCCUCCAUGCCUCUGCUUAACCAGACUUUGCAUCCAGCUGUGGUAGAGGUUGAUCAGGACCGCUCACAGAGUAGUACCCCUGUCACGGAACUCUCCAACCGUAUCUUGGACACUAGCUUUGAAGAGAAAGGGACGGGGCCAGCAUCUGCUGUUGGUGGUAAAGGAGGUGGAAUAGGCUUAGGCCCUGAAGCUGUGCUGCUCAAUGGCACUCGGCCCACACACAAGCGGCGCUCUUCUGAGAGCGAGACUCGUGACACAAAGAGACAGUACUCUCUGGAACGUCGGGACGAUUCACCAGAGAGAGCACGAGAAAGAGAGCGACACAAGGGCAGCAGCAGCUGCAGAUCCAAAACACCCUCUGCUUCAUCAUCCUACUGCUCAUCAUCAAAAGCAAAUACUGUCGGUCCAAUCAUGACUGAAUCCAAUGAUGCCAUCUAUGAUGACGGAGAGGCAGUUAGUCCAGAAACCAAUCUCCGCUGCCUGGUCAAUUUCUUCAGAACUAUGGGUUACAAUCAGGAAGUUGUGGAACGUAUUGUCAAGGAGACGGGACAGACAGAAGACACCUUCCUCAUCCUGGAGAAGAUUGUUGAAGAAACCAAGCGUUGUGAAGAAGGGAGAAAAAGAGUGAAUGCUGUGUGCUCCUCCUAUACUGCUUGUACGUCAUCCUCCACAUGUACAGUCUCUCUGCACAGAGAGAAGGAACGUGAGCAGCACCGAACAUUGACAGACGCAAGCAGGUUGAAAGAGAACAUUAAGCCAAGCCGACAUGGUGGAAAUAGUAAUGGCUUGGGACACCGGAGACAAUGUAGCACCAGUGAAACCAGCACUCAACAGGCCAUCGCCAUCAAGAGGAGCUCUAGUGCCCAGGGGGGCACAGGGAACUAUGAGGUUAUUACCAUUGAGGAUGAAGAUGAUGUUAUCACCACGGACACCAAAUCCACAGAUGGCAGUAGUUCGGCUCGUGUAAUGACUGUAGCAUCCAUUGACACCCACUCAGGCUCAAGAACAGACUAUUUAGCACGGGGAGGGGGCAGUGUGUCACAGAGGGACUACCUUUCAAGGACGGGAGCUCAGACUUUGGGAGGACCAAUAAAAAUUGAGAGUGUGACAGCUCUACGCAGCACACCCCAGUGGCUGAGUGCCACCACCACAUCUCUAGCUUCUUCUACCAGUUCAGCUCAGCCGAUCAUCCGGCCAACAGCAUCUUACCAGACGCUUGGCCACGUAGGGCUUCAUGGGGGAGGGGCUCGUAUUCCUCCUGCAAGUGACCCUCCAGUGCCCCCAGUGACUGGAUUGGCCCGUUUCCAUCAGUCACUGAGGACUCCAUACACUCUGACGCUACCGAACGAGCCAGGAUGUCCAGAUCUCAGACACAUCAUCAUAGACGGCAGCAAUGUGGCCAUGGCCCACGGCCUGAAUCGGUUCUUCUCCUGUCGAGGUAUAGCGCUAGCAGUGGAGACAUUUUGGAGGCGGGGCCAUAGGGAGAUCACAGUAUUUGUCCCACAGUGGCGCCAGAAGAGAGACAGACUCACAACAGAGCAACACUUUCUGAACCAGCUAGAAGAUCUGAGGCUGCUUUCCUUUACUCCAUCCAGAGAGGUCUGUGGCCAGCGAAUCUCCUCCCACGAUGACAGGUUCCUGCUCCAUCUCGCAGAAAAAACAGAUGGGAUCAUUGUAACCAAUGACAACCUGAGGGACUUUGUCAACACCUCAGAUACCUGGCGCAAGAUUAUUCAAGAGAGGUUGCUCCAGUUUACUUUUGUGGAGGACCACUUCAUGAUCCCUGAUGACCCUCUCGGGAAAAACGGACCACACCUUGAUAUCUUCCUACGUAAAGACAUCAGGAGACCUCCGGUCACUCCUCCUCCACUGAGACCACCAGACCUCCGUCCGUCCUCCCAACAGCCGCAGCAGCAGCCAGUUUAUGUCCAGGCCCUCCAGUCUGCUUCCCGUACACCUGCCACCCUGUUGCCCCAUCACCAUGCACAUUGGCCCCACUCAGGUCCCCCUGAACGGCACCUGCCGCACCGUUCUCCGUCACCCGCACCGCCCCCCCAGCGGUCACCGGGAGAGACGUCAGAGCUAAAGACAAAGCUGUAUGACAUCUUUCCUGACCAGAAGCAGAGGAUCGACCGCAUUCUCAAUGACAACCCUUACAUGAGAGACCUGAAUGCCCUGUCGGGGCUGCUGCUGGGAUAAACUCAUUUCACUGGCAUCCAGCAUGCACACACGUGCAUGUGUGCAUUA